AAUAAAUACCGUUGGACACUCGGUGGGAGAAAGCGCACUAUCGGAUUGGUAUAUAAUCUCGAGUCAAUUCUGCAGCAAUUAAUAUUCUUUCCAAAGACAUUCAAUAGACAAUAUGGCUUCCAAGAUGAUCGUCUUCGCCGCUCUCGUGGCCGCUGCCACCGCCGGAAUCAUCGCUCCCGCCCCCGUGGCCUACCACGCCGCCCCCGCCUACGGCUACGCCGCCCCCAUCGCCAAGGCCGUUGACGCCGACUACGACCCCAACCCCCAGUACAGCUACUCCUACGACGUGCACGAUGAGCACACCGGAGACGUCAAGAGCCAGCAGGAGAGCCGUCACGGUGACGUCGUCGAGGGAAGCUACUCCCUGAUCGAGGCUGACGGAACUCGUCGCGUCGUCCACUACACGGCCGACCCCCACAAUGGAUUCAACGCCGUCGUCGAGAAGGAGCCUGCAGGUCACGGACACGUAGUCGCUAAAUACGCACCAGCCCCCGUGAAGUACGCCGCUCCCGCUUAUGGCUACCAACACUAGAUUUAUUUGACGAAGUCUAGAAUGACAGAAUUUUGUGUAAAUAUAUAGUAAUUUAAUAAAUCAACUACAUUGCGUGUGUUAAAUUUGACAGUUUUGGUAAAGGCUCUGUGAACGAAAGAUCAAAGCUUGAAUGAGAUUACAUUACGCAAGAAGAAACCUCUUGGAAUUCGAUGAAAACAUCUGAAUAUCACAAUUUUGAAACGAGUUCAAAUUAAUCGUUCAACGCGAACUAAUGGAGACUAUGGUUUGAUGUAGAUUAUAUUGAAACUUGUUGAUGAUGGUAACUUUUUCAUUUGUUACAAAUAUAAGGCAUACCAUAAUCG